AUGGAUCGUCUCUUCUUUCACUCCACCGAACCCGACGACUCACAACCACCACCGAUCCAAACCAUCCUCUCGCAACCGCUGGUUCUAACCGACCGCAUCCGUCUCGCUGUUUCCGAAUCCAAAAUCUACAAACUUGAGUGCACCGAUGUCGGCAAACACGUCGAUCAUCUAACCCACAUGCUCCGUUCCACCCUACGCUUUGCAGACUCAAGUUCAACCCCGUUGUAUGAACGUCCGAUUCGCCGUAUAUUCAACGAUGUUUCGCGAACGUUAACGCGUGCGUUAACGUUAGUCCGGAAGUGUCGUCACCGUGGUAUCAUUCGCCGGUUUGUCAGCAUUGUUAGUGUUUCGGAUUUUCGGAAAGUGGUUAACCUGUUGGAUGUUUCGAUAGGUGACAUGAAAUGGUUGAUUAGCGUAUUCGAGGCUUGCGGUGAAGGCGAACGGGCCGAUGGAGGUAUUGUGUUGACAUUACCGCCUAUUGCGAGUAAUGAUCCGAUACUAGCGUGGGUUUGGUCUUGUAUAGCUUCUAUGUAUGUGUCUUCGGUGAGUUUGAAAGUGGAAGCUGCUAAUGAAUUGUGUAAUUUAGCGCGAGAUAGUGAUCGAAACAAGAUGGUUAUUCUGGAAGAAUGUGGGAUUGCUCCGUUGUUGAAGCUUUUGAAAGAUGAGUUGGUGUGUGAAACUCAAGUUGCGGGUGUGAAGGCGCUCUUUAGUAUUGUUAAUGAUCAGUAUAGGGCUCGGGCGGUUUUUAAUGAGCAUGGUGUGCCGGUUAUAGUGCAGGCGUUUAGGAAUUCGGCUAUGGUGGUGCAGACUGAGGUUGCGAAAUUGAUAGCGAGAAUGGCGGAACAAGAUAGGGUUUGUCAAGAGGGUUUUGCUAGAGAGAAUGUGAUUGAGACGCUUGUGACGAUGUUGUUAGCGAAUGUGUUUAGUGAUGAUCGCGGUAGGAUGAGUAAGUUUUUGAGGAAAAGUAUUGGAUCAGCGAUUGAGAUGAACAAGCAAAUGGAGAAAGGUUUGGUUGUGUCGUCGAGUUUAGGUAACAAGAAGGCGGUGUCUUCGUCUGUCUGGCCGAGAAACAAGAGAGAUAGCACGAUGGAUACGUCGCAGAUGAUUGUUGAGUUUAAUACUAACUGUUCCGGAGCGCUAUGGAUGCUUGCUAGAGGCAAUGUGGCUAAUUGUAGGAAGAUAACGGAGACGAAAGGGUUACUUUGUUUGGCGAAGCUUAUCGAGAAGGAAAAGGGGGAAUUGCAGAUUAAUUGUUUGAUGACGGUUAUGGAAAUCACAUCUGCGGCUGAAUACAACGCUGACAUUCGGAGAUCGGCUUUUAAGACUAGUUCACAUGCUGCAAAAGCCAUAUCUGAUCAGCUUCUUCGACUGAUCAAUGAAUCUGAUAACCCUACAAUCAAGAUUCCAGCCAUCAAGGCGAUUGGUCAUUUGGCUCGAACAUAUCCUGCAAGACUGGUUCAGGUUAUUAGUCCUUUGGUCAAACAACUUUGUGACAUGAAUCCAGAUGUAGCCACUGAAUCAGUUAUCACUCUUGGGAAGUUUACUUGUCCAGAGAACUAUUUACGUGCAGAGCACUCAAAGACUAUAGUCGACUUUGAAGGAGUCCCACAUGUGUUGAAAAUGCUGAGGGGGAAUGAGAGGACUCAAUAUCAUGCUUUGGUUCUUCUGUGUCACCUUGCAAUGCACGCGGGAAAGAAUGAGCAAUUUCAACAUGCAAGAGUUUUGACGGCUUUAGAAGGCGUGGAUAAAUCUGUUGCUUCUCAGUAUGCAAGUUUGAAAGAUUUGGUUGCACAGGCGGUUCGUUAUCUCAAAAUGUCAGGUUAUUAG